UAAAAGCUCCUAGUGGCGCUACUGAGAGCACUACACUCGGAGGCUGAUAGGUGUGGUUUCGCCAUGUCUGGACGUGGUAAAGGCGGAAAGGGGCUUGGAAAAGGAGGCGCUAAGCGCCACCGUAAGGUGCUGCGCGAUAACAUCCAGGGUAUCACUAAGCCCGCGAUCCGGCGUCUUGCUCGUCGUGGUGGUGUCAAGCGUAUAUCAGGUCUCAUCUACGAGGAGACCCGCGGGGUGCUGAAGGUGUUCCUGGAGAACGUGAUCCGCGACGCCGUCACCUACACCGAGCACGCCAAGCGCAAGACUGUCACGGCCAUGGACGUGGUCUACGCGCUCAAGCGUCAGGGACGCACUCUCUACGGCUUCGGCGGCUAAACUACUGAUCGCCUCACUUAGCACGGGAAAACCAAAGGCCCUUUUCAGGGCCACCUAUCCGCUCACUUAAAAGAGUUAACGCUUUGUUUUAGUUUUAUAAGGUAUUUAAGCA